GCAAAGAGGAUCUGUGUGUGCAUGUAUGUGUGUGUGUGUGUCCACAUCUGUGUUUUGCAGAUAUGUGGAAGGCUUGAAAUAAUUUCUUUGUAUCUCUCUUUACCUAUUUUUUGUCUUUUUCCACUUUUCUACUUUCACGUUUCUACAUUGCACAGUUUUUAUUGGCUGAGGGCAAGCCAGAAUUUGCUUAGCUUUCAUUGAGUUCAGCAAAGUGAAGGUCAGAGUUACAGCAGGAAUGAUUUUAACUGUGGGGGAAACAUUCUCAAAUGAAGCGGGUUCUAACUCUGAUGCUGUGGGGAUCAGAGAAACUGGGGAUGGGGUACCAGAAUUUGCUGAGGGAGCAGACUCUCCCAGAGCUAUGCAGCAGGUGUUGGAUAAUCUGAGUGAGUUGCCUGCCACCACCGGGGCUAAAGACCUUGACCUCAUCUUCCUCAAAGGUGUCAUGGAGAGCCCUAUCGUACGCUCGCUGGCCAAGGCUCAUGAGCGUUUGGAGGAUGUGAAGUUGGAGGCAGUACAAGAGAAUAAUGUUGAGCUUGUGACUGAGAUUCUGGGUGACAUCAGUGGACUGAGUGUACGAGAUGACAGCGCAGCAGAACUGUCCAAAAUCCUGCAGGAGCCUCAUUUUCAGUCUCUCCUGGAGGCCCAUGACAUUGUGGCAUCUAAAUGCUAUGAGGCCCCGCCCCCUCCUGAAGUAACCAACAAUGUGGCCAUAAACAAUGCUCUCAUGCAGGCUGAUGCAGUCAGGAUGAUUGGUAUCCACAAGAAAGCAGGAGAACCACUGGGUGUGACCUUCCGAAUGGACAAGGGUGACCUGGUGAUUGCUCGGAUUCUUCACGGAGGGCUGAAUGACAGGCAGGGGCUGCUACAUGUGGGUGACAUUAUAAAGGAGGUGAAUGGGAAGGACGUUGGCAAUAAUCCCACUGAUCUCCAGGAGAUGCUGAAAGAAUGUAGUGGAGGAAUAACACUAAAAAUACUGCCCAGCUACAGAGAUGCUCCAGCACCACCACAGGUGUAUGUGCAACCACAUUUUGACUACAAUCCAGCCAAUGACAAUCUAAUUCCAUGCAGAGAGGCGGGGCUUGCUUUCAAAAGGGGUGAUAUCCUGCAAAUUGUCAACCGGGAAGACCCAAACUGGUGGCAGGCAUGCCAUUUAGUGAGAGGAGCUACUGGACUGAUUCCCAGUCAGUUCCUUGAAGAAAAGAGAAAAGCAUUUGUUCCUAGAGACUUGGAUGUAACAGGAAUCCUGUGUGGAACAAUGACUGGUAAAAAGAAGAAGAAGAUUAUGUACAUAACUGCCAAGAAUGCAGAAUUUGACCGGCAUGAGCUUCAAAUCUAUGAGGAGGUAGCACGUAUGCCGCCGUUUCAGAGAAAAACCCUCAUUCUGAUUGGAGCACAAGGAGUGGGCCGUCGUAGCUUAAAAAACAGACUGGUUGUAUUACAUCCCACCCGCUUUGGUACAACUGUACCACACACGUCUCGGCGGCCUCGUGAAGAUGAACGAGAUGGUCAGUCGUAUAGAUUUGUAACACGGUUAGAGAUGGAGAUGGACAUCAAGGCUGGCCGUUACCUGGAACAUGGCGAGUACGAUGGAAACCUCUACGGUACUAAAAUCGAUUCCAUCCACGAGGUUGUCAAUGCCGGGCGCACCUGUAUUCUAGAUGUGAAUCCUCAAGCUCUGAAGGUGUUGAAAACGGCAGAGUUUAUGCCAUAUGUUGUGUUCAUUGCCGCACCAGAGUUUGACACACUGAAGGAAAUGCACAAAGCUGUGGUUGAUGCUGGAAUCACUACCAAACAACUUGCAGAUGUGGACCUGAAGAAGACUGUGGACGAAAGCGCUCGUAUCCUGCGGGCUUACAGACACUACUUUGACCUUGUCAUUGUCAAUGACAACCUAGACUGUGCAUUUGAGACACUGCAGGCAGCUGUGGACAAACUCUGCAGUGAACCACAGUGGGUUCCAGUGAGCUGGGUCUACUGAGGUCACCUUUUACAAGAUCACCAUACAAGAGUGUUAGAGUGUGUAUGAAUGUGUGUGCAUGCAUGAAUGUGUGUGAGAAGUAUCCGAAGUGAUGGAUGUGGGGCGAAAUUAAGUUACACAUUUGGAUUAACCAACCAAAUGAGUGUCAUCUCCUACAACAUCACCAAUAGCCCCAACCUCUCUUUUGUGUACACAAUGCAAUGUUUUUUCUACUCAACCUGAAAGGGAAGAAUACUUAUUUAUUUGAGUGUUUGUAUGUUUUUAAAGAAUAUCUUUCUAUUUGUAAUAUCUUGGGAGAUCGGAGAAAAGAGAAGACAAGGAAUAUAUUAGCUGGCUUUGACGAAUCCGAGGCCAUAUCUUUUAAUUUAUUGUUUUAGUUCAUUUUUCCGUGUUUGUUUUUCUUUUUGUAGUUCCUAAACUGUGACGUUUUUGUACUCAAAUGACGAACUAACCUGACAGUGUAGCAGGCCAAGGGCUCAUUUAGAACAUUCUAGAAUGCAAUCCCAAAACCAAGAACCAUAAAACUGUUUACAACCUCAUCUCUUUUUCUGCCACAUAACUUGAACUGAAUCAUAUGCUUGUCUUCAUAUCCAAAAGAGAUGUAUUUAUUCUCUUUUAUGCAAAAGUCCAUAUCAGUGUGUGCAGUUUAUUUUACAUCCUGUUUUGUAGCUUUUUAUUAACUGAAUUUGUGUCUGUUGUAAAACGAUUGGCUGCACAUUAUGUCUGUCUCAUGAUCCUCAGUGUCCUUUAAGGAACCAAACAAAUAAUCCUGUUGCUUUGUCAUACCUUUUCUGAGCAACCUCCUUUUCUAUCUGCAUUAAAACAUAUGCAUUUUUUUCUUGUAUGUCAAACUUUAUGUCCCAAAAUGACAUGACCUGUCUGCCAAAGUUUCUGUUAUUUGUUUUUGUCAUCUUCUCUGUCAACAUGACCUCUACAACAAGGCAAUAAGUAAAUGGAACAUUGUUACUCUCAGUUCCUCUUUUCCAUCCUAUCAAACACAAAAGCUUUUGGAUAAAACAUUGCAAUAUUAAUAUUGUUAAAAAUACAUGCAUACACACUUACAUUAUAGAUAAUGAUGAUAUUAUGAUAUCGAUACUCCUUAAUGUAUUUGCAAUAUUAUACAUGCUAGUAUACUACACAAGUAACAAAUUAUAGGUAAGAGAGAGAGAGCGAGCGUGACCCACAAACCUUACCGCUCUCUCUCCCGCAGACUGACACACGACCACAUCCCCACGCCACACCUAUCAUAAACUAACAUAAUGGAUAAAUGUUAGCGAUAACAUGAAACGUUUUUUCAAAAGCUCUCAGGUUAGCAAAGCAGAUUUACUUGUAGGCCUACUUUACACAUUCGGUGUGAAUAAGAACAACAUUAAUCCGCUUAAAAUAUGAUUGGUAAAAGUGUACAGUAGAUUAAAUAUGUACAAAUCUUUGCACAUACAUACAAAAUUAAAGUAGCGGGGAGCAUAAAUAAUGUGGUCUGUAUAUAUGAUUUAUGAAUAAAUUACACUGGUGGCCAAAAUGUGGGACUAAUGUACAGAUUUCACUGUUUCGGAAGAAAAUUGGUACUUUAAUUCACCAAAGUGGCAUUCCACUGAUCACAAAGUAUAGUCAGGGCAUUACUGAUGUUAAAAAAAAAACCAUGAAUAUUUAAAAAAAAGUAAUUUUUGAUCAAAUCUAGACAGGCCCCAUUUCCAGCAGCCAUCACUCCAACACCUUAACCUUGAGUAAUCAUGCUAAAUUGUAAAUCUGGUACUAGAAAAUCACUUGCCAUUAUAUCAAACACAGUUAAAAGCUAUUUGAUCUGUUAAAUGAAGCUUAAUAUUGUCUUUGUGUUUGUUUUUGAGUUGCCAAAGUAUGCAAUAGACUGGCAUGUCAUAAGGUCAAUAUUAUGUCAAUAUUAGGUCAAAAAUGACACACACACACACACACACACAAAAAUAAAUCAGCUUUCUCUAGAAACUCAUCAAUCAUUGUUUUGAAGAAUGAAGGCUAUACAAUUCUUGAAAUUGCCAAAAAAAAAAGGAAACUGAAUAUUUCAUUCAAGUACAUUAUACAGGUGUACACUACAAAGGACAACUAGCUCUAACAAAGACAGAAAGAGAUGUGGAAGGCCAGAUGUACAACUAAACAAGAGGAUAAAUACAUCAGAGUCUCUAGUUUGAGAAAUCACAUGUCCUCAGCUGACAGCUUCAUUGAAUUCUACCUGCUCAACACCAGUUUCAUGUACAACAGUAAAGAAAAAGACUCAGGGGUGCAGGACUUAUGGGAAGAAUUGCAAAGAAAAAGCCACUUUUGAAACAGAAAAACAAAAAGAAAAGGUUAGAGUGGGCAAAGAAACAUAGACAUUUGACAACAGAUAAUUGGAAAAGAGUGUUAUGGAUCUUAACCCUAUUCAGCUUUUGUGGGAUCAGCUAGACUGUAAGGUGCGUGAGAAAUGCCCGAAAAUACAGUCACAUAUAUGACUAAGUGCUACAGGAAGUGUGGGGUGAAAUGUCACCUGAGUAUCUGGACAAACUGACAGCUAGAAUGUCAAGGAUCUGCAAAGCUGACAUUGCAACACAUGGAUGAUGUUUUGAUGAGAACCGUUUGAAGUAAUUUGAGAAGUUCUGAACAUAUUUUUUAAAUUGUAAUAGUUCACGUUAUUAAUGUCCUGACUAUACAUUGUGAUCAGUUGAAUGCUGCUUUGGUGAAUAAAAAGUACCAAAUUCUUUCCACAAUAGCAAAAUCUUUACAUUACUCCAAACUUUUGGCCACCAGCUUAUAUAAUAUAAAAACGUUUGAUAAAAUGCACCUUGUUGGAGAAAUAUUAGCUAUUAGAUAAACUGAUAUAAAAGUAACAAAGAUAAAAUUAGCACAAUUAUAAGCAAGUAUAUAUCCAUCUUUUACAUUUCAG